ACCAUAGCCAGUCCUCCUCUGGGUCUCGAUUAUUGCAUCCUACCACAAACCCUAUCCUUCUGCCCCGGAGAGUCUCUUCAAGUAUCUAGAAAAGCAUCUCGAUCGCAAUAGACACUCGAGGACCAAGGAACCCAAAAGACCAGGCUGGAGAAGCCCCCACAGUAUCCAUGAACGUCGUCCACUCAACCCACCAGUUCGCAGACGCGGCCACCGCCCAAAUCCAAGGCCUGAGAAGUGAUCAUUGUCAGCUCAUCAUUAGACAAGGGCCUGAGAAUGCCAGAGUCGCCGUUGGCAAAGAGAAAGAUCGUAAACCUGUAGAUCCACCGCCAAUCAUCCAGCUCAAAAUCAGCCAGCAGUCGGACCCAAGUCAAAACUAUUUGCAAAGUCCUUACUUUUUCAUGUCAUGUAGUCUCGUAGGCGAAGACGAAGGAAUACCGCAAGGACCUCUCGGCGCUGCAUUGGCUGGUACUUUGGUUUCGUCUCUCCACCGCCUCAAGGACUCUGACAACCUCGAUGGAGCCUUCUUCGUCUUUGGGGACCUCUCGGUCAAGCUCGAAGGAACAUUCCGACUGCAAUUCAACCUCUACGAAAUGCGCCAAAAUGAGUGCUAUCACAUCAAAGCCAUCCUAUCGAAUUCUUUUCCGGUUCACUCGACGAAAAACUUCCAAGGAAUGUCUGAAUCCACUUUUCUGACCCGGUCGUUCAGUGAUCAGGGUGUUCGGCUUCGAUUACGAAAGGAGCCGAGGACUUUGCUCAGAAAACGCGGACCUGCUCACGAUGACUACCAGCCAAGACAUUACCGUACCUCCAAUCGACACUCGAGCCAAGGAGUAGAACGGCAAGUGACGAGCCCAGAGUCCCAAGAUGCUGUUCGUCAGGGUCAAAAUGAGCAGGGAGAUUUUGUCGAAUCGCCACAGGGGCUUUCCGGCUACGAUCAGCGCCCUCCAAUGGGUCGCCGUUUCUCGCAGCAGUCUACUUCUUCAUACCAGGGGAUGUCUUACGAUGAGUCUAACAAACGGCCCCGGACUGGAUCCGGACAUGGCCAAACGCCAACAUUCAAUCAACAGCAGCCUCUAGACAGCCCGCAAUAUAGGGGUGUGUAUCCAGAUCCCCAGCAAUCUCCCUUCAGUUCUUUCUCGCCGCAAGGAGGGCAAGCAGGUAACUUUUCGUACGCCUAUUCCUCGCCCCCCCAUUCUUCGGCACUCGCUGCUCGAGAUCAAUACUUUUCUCGGAGGGUUAGAACACACACUGGCACUACCUCACCAUACGAUCAGCCUCAGAGAUCGCCGCAAUACCAGACCUUUCCACCUCAGCCACAAGCUAUUCAUUAUCAGCCAUCACCACGGCAACAAUACGACGGUGCGAUGAUGGCGCCUUCUCCCCCACCGCCACGCCUUGACAUUGCCUUGGGUUCUUUGGAGAAUCUUGGACUCAGGGGCCCGAUUUCCCCUAUCGGAGCACCUCCAGCACUCGGGAUGGGUCCGCCGAUGUAUGGAAGAAUAGCCACUAAUAUGCCUUAUUUGCCAAGCUCGGGCAGACGCGAUUCCUACCCAGCGGGGUUUCAGAGUCCGAAUCCGAACGUAAAUCUUUCAGCUGGUAGCAUGGCAGGAAUACCAGGAAUGUACGUGACAAGGUCACCAGCUGUUACCACAAGCGGAUCGGGAGGACUGGAGGGUCGCUACUAGAUAACUGCCAGUCAUCGUGUAGAUGUGACAUAUUCAUUAUGGUUCGAAUCCAAACAUGGGCGUGGCUAGGGUUUAGGGCAAGCACCGGCGUUGAUCAAAAAGGAUUCACAGCAUUGGCGGACUUCCUACUAAGCU